AUGGCGUUUACCCAAACACCUUCUCUUGACAGCCCUAUCACUGUACCGGAGCUAUUAGAUUUUCACUAUGAGCACAACCCAACACGUCCCAUCUACGUCUUCGCCCAGGACGAGCAAAAGAUAACUGAGAUUUCGUAUCUCGAGUUUGUGCGCGCAUGCCACCGUCUUGCUCAUAUCAUUCGUCCACGUCGUACCGGCCCUGAACGCGCUGUGGUAGCCGUUGUCGCCUUAGUGGACACCCUUGUCUAUGAAACCAUUAUAGCAGGAGUCAUCAGAGCUGGUCUCGUACCUAUACUCAUUUCACCGCGCAACACCCCAGCUGCUGUAUUGAAUCUGUUAGUGAAAUCGGGAGCGCACCGACUACUUACAACGUAUUCUACACUGAAAGAUCUUAUCGACGGUAUCAGAUUGGAACUUCAAUCAAAUAGCUCCACUUUUGGAUUUAGUUUAGAAGAAGUUCCCAGUCUUGACAAGCUCUAUCCUAAUCUUGGGGCUGAAACUGCCGCAGACCCAUUUCAACCUUAUCCGACAUGUCCUAUUCCUCUUAGACCACAGGAAACCGUCAUGUAUUUACACUCGUCUGGCAGUACUGGUUUUCCAAAAAUCAUCCCUCUUAGCCAUGCCGCCAUGCAAGUUUGGGGCGCUUUUCCUUCUGCGACGGACCUUCGUGGUUACAAAGUGCCAGUCCGCAUAGGAGCAAUGGCUCUCCCUCCAUUCCACGCCUUCGCAUUCUACGCACAAUUUGCUUGUCCUCUAUACAGCGCAAUAACAGUGGCACUAUAUCCGCCCAUUAUCACUGAGGCCAACAUGCUCCCCAUCAUGCCAACCUCGGAUAAUAUCCUUUUGCACCUUCAACGGACAAAGUCGAAUUGUACAACUGUGGUCCCAGCGAUGUUGCAGAUUUGGUCUCGUUCAGACUCUGAUAUAGACUUUCUACGAUCUUUGGAAAUAGUGAUCUUUGCGGGAGGUCCAUUGCCUCCUGCGAUCGGCGAUUAUCUAGUCUCAAAAGAGGUACACAUCUGCUCAGUAUACGGAGGCACUGAGUUUGGUUGCGUCACCACUCUCAAGCUCACCGAGGACAGAAACGAAUGGCAAUGGCAUAGAUUUUCGGAAGAUAUAGAGAUUAGCUGGCUUCCGCAAGGGGAUGGAACAUUCGAGUGUCGAUUCUUAGCCGUAGACUCUCACGCACUGGCGGUCGAGAAUAUGUCAAAUCCGCGAGGAUACGCGACUUCUGACCUUUUCGUGCCUCACCCCACGAAGCAGGGAUUAUGGAAAAUUGUGGGGCGGGUGGAUGAUGUCGUGGUCCUCAGUACAGGGGAGAAGUGUGUUCCGGCACCCAUGGAGAAUACAAUGUUGAUGAGUCCACUGAUACAAGGAGUGGUCAUGUUCGGCCGUCAACGCGACCAGCCUGGCGUAUUGAUCGAGCCUUCCCCUGGUAAUGAAAUUGAAGUUGAUGAUCCAGAGCAAGUAUCUAACUACCGUAACAAAAUCUGGCAAGUAUGGUCAGUAAUUGAAGAGGGUAAUAGGCUAGUACCAGCGUAUAGCCGAAUUUACAAGGAGACAAUUCUUAUAUCCGCCCCUGAGAAGCCACUUCCUCGAGCAGCAAAGGGCACGAUCUUACGGAAGGCGGCAUAUCAACUAUACGAGAAGGCAAUCAACCGAAUUUAUGAAAUCAUCGAUACAAACGCAAACAGUAGUCCAGUCGACCCUCCGACCAGUUGGGAGUCUCCUCAAGUACAGCAAUGGCUUACACAUCAGCUGCAAGGCCUGUGUGGUGUUGUGCUCUCUCCUACCAUUGAUUUUUUUGAGCACGGGAUAGAUAGCCUGAGUGCUACAAUCCUUCGAUUGCGGAUUGUUACUAUUUUACGGACCUCCACAAAGUCAUCAGGAUCACGAAGCAUCGCUGACAUCUUUGCUCCAAAUAGCGUUUACAACCAUCCAUCUAUCCAGAGUCUCGCUGAUUAUAUUGCUGAUCUCGUCCACUCCGAAGAUUCUGCUGCUACACCAAUUGUUGCAAAUGAUAAUCAUGCGCACAUUCGUCUGAUUGAUGCUAUGAUUGAGAGAUACUCGAAAGGGCUAGAGUUGGGUAUCUCUCUCAACUCCGAAUUUACCACCGUCAACAACAACUUCAAUGGUGUCUCUUCCCCUUCGAGAGUGGUCGUGCUGUUGACCGGAUCUACGGGGAAUCUGGGUGCCCAAAUCCUUUCACGGCUGUUGAAAGAGAGUUCCGUACAUCUCGUGUAUGCCUUGAACAGACGCUCCACCCGCGGGUCGGUUAUGGAACGCCAGAAGAAGCGUUUUCUGGACAAGGGAUUGGACAGCUCAAUGUUACAUGCAGAUAAGAUGGUGUUCCUGGAGGGAGAGAAUACACUUCCGAAAUUAGGUUUAUCAGAUGAAGUCUACGACGAGGUGAAAAAUAAUGUGACGCUCGUUAUACACAAUGCAUGGAGAUUGGACUUCAACCUUUCCCUUUCGUCGUUUGAAACGAAUAUACAUGGAAUGCGUAAUCUCAUAGACUUGGCCCGGUCUAGUAGACACGCGGCGUCGUUGCGGUUCUUGUUCACAUCUACUAUAGCCACAGCACAAUCUUGGGACGCAGUGGAGAAAGGGCCCUAUCCCGAAGAGGUUAUAACGGACACGAAGUACGCCGUAGGUAUGGGCUAUGGAGAGGCCAAGUACGUUUCGGAACGGAUCCUCGCAAAGAGUGGUCUCAAUGCGACUUCGUUCCGAAUUGGCCAAAUCAGUGGAAGUUCACCGAACGGUGCAUGGGCGAUGAGCGACUGGUUUCCCAUGGUCGUGGAAUCCAGUUUGAAAUUGAAUAUGUUCCCUAAUGCGAACGGAGUCAUAUCCUGGAUCCCAAUGGACGCAGUGGCAGAUGCGAUCGUUGAUGUGGGUCUAUCGAGUCCCGGUUCUCUCCCUUUUGCUGUGAAUCUCGUACAUCCAAAUCCCGUCCCGUGGUCUCAAAUGAUACUCAACGUCCAAAUGGCUGUCAUCAAAUCCAAACAGCUCAAGGCCGACGCGCUUCCCGUUGUACCCUUUCAUACGUGGUUCGAAGCUUUACAGGCAGUUGUUGAUACACCUGGGAUAGAGACUGAAGCCCCAGCUGUAAAAAUAAUCGAUUUUCUCCGGGAUAUGGCGCGCGCGGACGAACGUAUAGGCUUACACCAGUCCGAGCAUAUGGAAGCCGUUGGAUUGGCCCCUUUAGUGACAACCAAUAUUCAACGCAUUAGCCCAAAAAUUGCUACCUUGUCUCCUCUUGGUAAGUAUGACGCUGAGCUCUGGGUUCGUUAUUGGGUAAUAUCAGGGCUGUGA